AUGUCCCCCCAACCAGACUCAGAUUCUGGGGAGUCCCCGCACUUCUCCAACGACUCCGAUGGGAUCCAGUCAGACCACCCAGACGCACCCCUGUCGAUCGAGCGCUACCACGACGACCCUCUGGCCGAGUAUGAACCUCGUCCUAUAUCAGCCGAUGAAUAUGACGGAUACGAGACCGCCCGGCCACGCAGCAAACGGGCCAUCUUCUGGUUACGCAAUAAGGGCAUGUUCCUCGUCUUGAUGGCGCAGAUGUUCGGCGCAAGUAUGAAUGUUAUGACGAAGAUUCUGGAAAUGUAUAGUUCUAUGCAUCCAUUUCAGGUCCUCUUCGCCCGCAUGUCCAUCACAGCCAUCGCAAGCUACCUGUACAUGUGGUACGCCGCCGUCCCGUCACCACUUGGUACUCGACCCGUCCUUGGCCUCCUAAUCACCCGUGCCGUCUCCGGCUUCAUGGGCGUCUACGGCCUCUACUACUCCGUUCAAUACCUGCCCCUCUCCGAAGCCACAGUCAUCACCUUUCUAGCGCCUAUCAUGACAUGCUACGCAUGUUCCCUACUCAUACCCGGUGAGACAUUCUCCCGUCGUCAACAAGCGGCGGGAAUCGUCUCGCUCGUCGGUGUUGUCCUUAUUGCGCGCCCAUUCCGGGAUCGGAAGGACGAUGAAGGAACGGAUUCUUAUCAUCAUGUUCUUGCGACUGUUGUUGCGUUCUUUGGUGUGUUGGGCGCGGCUGGCGCGUAUACUUCUAUUAGGAUGAUUGGACGCAGGGCGCAUCCGCUUGUUAGUGUUACUUAUUUUUCGAGUGUUACGACAAUUAUUAGUGCGGUUGCGAUGUUGGCUGUUCCGGGGGUGCCGUUUCGGUUUCCGGGGAAUACUACCGAGUGGGUUUUGUUGACGGGGUUGGGGGUUUGUGGGUUCUUGUUGCAGUUUUUGCUGACGGCGGGGUUGUCGUAUGUGCCGCCGGCUGAUAUUGCGGGGAAGCAGGGGCAGGGCUCUAGGGCGACGAGUAUGGUGUAUACACAGGUGCUAUUUGCAUUAUUCUACGAUAAGGUGGUUUGGGGGAGUACGUUGAGUUUGAUUAGUUGGGCUGGGUCGGCGUUGAUCUUGAUCUGUGCUAUUGCGGUGGCUGUUAUGCAGGAAGGAAAGUCGGAGAAAGCUGGGUCUGGGUCUGGGUCUGGGUCUGAGCCUGAGCAGGAGUCUGAGCGGGAGACUGAACGGGCGAAUGAUGAAGAGGAAAGAUACAAGGAUGCUGACGAGGAGGCGUGA